UCCGACUCCGUUCGCUGUUUGCCCCGCCGCGAACGUCAGCCGUGCAGCGAGGGGCUUACUCGCGAGCGGUGGUGUGUGUGUGUGUGUGUGUUUGCUGUUCUUGGCGUGCCCGCUGACUCUACAAGUUACUCGAGUAGAUACUGCGGUUUCCAGACGACACCGGCAGCUAUGAAAGCCAGGCGUCGGGUGUUGGGAUGCUGCGCCGUUUAAAACGGCGACGAGCAUGGAAGACUCUCCGGCUCGCCUCAACGGGCGAAACCGUCGGCGGCUGUCAGGUGACUCUACAAACAGCGACAGCAUGCCAGACAACCAUGACUGCGACUUCGAGCCGGCCCUCGAGUUCGACGACACAGAGCUGGUGCAGACCUCGCUCGGCACCCACGGGACUCUCCCAAUCAAAGCUGCCGAGCCCAACCUCGCGGUGCACCUUGAUCUGAGAGACACAACGUCAUCAGCCAGUGCACGGUCGGGGGCGGCAGCUAAUGGCCGGUACUGCAGCAGCAGCAGCAAGGGUGGCUCCUCGCCCGAGUACCUGGACUCCUCGCCGUCCCUCUCCGAGAGUCUGCUGGAUGACAACAACUACGAGGCUGUGCUGGGCCUCGACCUUGAACCGCCCCCGGAGCUGUUUCCGCCCGAUGAGGGGCGACGACAGCUGGAGGACUUCACUGACAUCGAGUGCCAUGGCAUCGUCGACAUUGCCGGUGGCGAUGUGUAUGGUCGCAAUGUGAUAGUCAUCUCGGCAUGCCGACUGCCACCCCACAAAGAGCUGAACCACCCCAAGUUUCUCAGGUACCUGAUGCACACACUGGAUCAGUUUGUGGAGAGUGACUACACGCUGGUCUAUUUCCACCACGGCCUCAACAGCAAGAACAAGCCAUCCCUAGGGUGGCUGUGGACCGCCUUUCGCGCGUUUGACCGCAAGUACAAGAAGAACCUCAAGGCCCUCUAUCUAGUCCACCCGACUGGCUUCGUCAAGAUACUCUAUCAGCUUUUUCGGCCCUACAUUAGUGCCAAAUUUGGACGGAAAAUCUCUUACGUGAACCACCUGCACGAGCUGAAGCAGCACGUCCACUAUGACCAGCUGCGCAUACCUGAACAGGUGCUCGAGCACGACCGCAAGCUCCUGUCCAGUGCGAAGGGGGCGCGGAUCCCACACUCUCACAGCAGUGGCUUCUUCAACCAGGCCGCGACCACAUACCAGCCAACCCAGCAGUUCCGGGCCUCUCUUGAGCACAUCAAGAAGCACAAUAGUGGUGACCCUAUUCCAAAUGUGGUUCGAGACUGCAUCACGUACCUGGACAAUGACAACGCCCUGGAGAUGGAAGGCAUCUUCAGACGUUCUGCCAACACCCAGGUUGUCAAAGCGGUGCAGGCACUCUUUGACGAAGGCAAGUAUGUCAACUUUGAUGCAUACAAGAAUGUCCACGUUGCGGCGGUGAUCCUCAAGACCUUCCUGAGGGAGCUAGAGGAGCCUCUGCUGACCUUCGACCUUUAUGAUGAUGUCAUGAGCUUCCAGGAGUUGGACCAGUCUGAGAAGCUGGUGCAGGCCCGCUCCUUGCUGCUGGAGCGGCUGCCAGAGGACAACUAUGAGCUGCUCAAGUACAUUGUCGAGUUUCUGGCCAAGGUGAUAGACCGGAGUGAUCUGAACAAAAUGACUGCAUCCAACCUCGCGAUCGUCUUUGGCCCAAACCUACUGUGGUCUCGCCAGGAGCAAGCCUCGCUGAGUUCUAUUACCCACAUCAACCAGUUCACCGAGUACAUCCUAAGGAACCAGCACCUGUUGUUCAGCAAGUGAGCUCGUGGGUGCAAGCAAGCCACACUGGCUAUAAGUAAGCCGCCAAGUGGCAUCUGCAUGGCAUCUGCCACAAGCAUCGUCUGCUCUGCUUUGUCCAUCCCAAAGAUCUUUGCUCUGCCAAAAUGGAGCUGUAGAACAGCAUCCACACUGCAUCAAUGGAGGAGCAGACAACUGUGCAUUGUCUGCUUUAGAAACAUGCUCCACAUGUCGUCUGCUCCGCUGUUCACACGCUAGACAUUCCACUGCACUGGAACCAAGCUGUGCGUUCCCACAACAUUGAGUGCUUGUAAAUUUGUCAAUAGAUGAAUGCUUGUUAGUAGUUAAACACCUGAAAUGAAUCUGAAGUGUUCAGUAUAUAAUCUGCAGUGUGUUUGGAGUUUUACUGCCGGAGCUUUAGCAGUUCUCCUAUCGUGUUGCUUGUGAGUAAGACAAGUUUUGAUUGCUGCUUGACAUUAGCAACAGGUGCCACGUUGUAGCAUGUUUCUCUGACAUCCACGCCAUGCUACUGCAAAUCAAUCACUGCACUCUUUGUGUGACCGGUUGUUCUAGUAGGAUGAAUGAAGCGUGGCAGUUGACAUGUGUGCUGGUAGCAAGGGACAUUGUCUGAAUCUGGUGUCUUCGCAUUAUCUGCUUGUACCGUCCGAGUGGCCAUGCCCACAUGCUCAGUUUAUAGAUUGCACAUAAGCAUGUUAGAACCCCUCACUGAAUCUUGUGGUGCAAUUUCGCGGCCUUUACUUAAACAAUUUUCUCUCAUGCAGCAAAAACAAUGCACAAGCAUAACAGUGUGUGCUCUCUAUCUCUGUAGUGUUUCUCACAAAAGCUCUUAGCUCUUGCUUUUGUGGUAUUAAUUGUUGAUAUCAAUCUUCCUGCCACCAGCCACAGGUUCCAAGUCUGCUCGCUCGUACCAACCUGCCGUGGUUGCUCAGUGGCUAUGGUGUUGAGCUGCUGAGCACGAGGUCACAGGAUCGAAUCCCGGCAAUGGUGGCCGCAUUUCGAUGGGGGCGAAAUGCGAAAACAUCCGUGUACUUACAUUUAGGUGCACGUUAAAGAACCCCAGGUGGUCAAAAUUUCUGGAGUCCUCCACUAUGGCGUGCCUCAUAAUCAGAAAGUGGUUUUGGCACGUAAAACCCCAUGAUUUAAUUUUUUUUUUGCCUUGUUCACACUGCUGUGUCAGAUGUAUACAGUGCAUGGAUUGUUUAUUGGGCCUUUUCGAACAUUGGCAUGCCAGGCUUUACUGCUACUAUUAACAUUACAGCCAGAGUCUCAAUGGAAAUUUUAUGGUAUGGUACAAAAGCUACAUGCACUAUUUUGAAAAAGUUUAACUCAGGCUGAAACAUUCAUAUCAGAACAUCAAGUUCAAAAGAUUCUGCUUAAGAUAUGGGACAUAUUUCUGUGCUUGAUUAGAACUUUGAUGUGAGGUACACAUUUUUUUGUUUUUGAACGAGGAUGGUACCCGCAACUGGAAUCUGGAAAUGAAAACUUGAAUUUCUUUUAUUGAUGUACGAAUUGCCCUCUCUAUAUUUCGUUCAUCCACAAUAGUACUGUAGAAGGGGUAGCACCAGUCAGCAUUGCAUUCUUGGUGAAAUGAAAGCACGGAGAGAUCAUCAUGUGUGUGUACCUUGGGCCAGCACCACCUAACCUUUACUCAAGUUCAUACAUUUUUGGCGAGAAACAAAUUCAAUUUGCUUCAUUUUAUUCUAGUUCGUUAAUUAUGCCAAGAAUCAACUGUGAUUUGCUGCUAGGGCACACAUUCUUUCACAAUGAAGUGUUCUUACAAUGGUCACAAGGGUAAAACAUAAAGGCAUGAACUUUUCCGAGAAAGAUUUCCCAGAGCUUUUUUUGUGUAGAUAUUGAUUGGUUAAGUUUCAUGUCGGACAAAAGAAAAAAAUUCAGUUAUAACACAAUGCUGGUGGCUGGCCACCAAUCUCUGGUGGCUGGCCAAUUAUUCCAGUGUUGAGAAACAACUUUCAUGUUGAUGCAAAUGCUAUUGACAAGCUCAGAGCAUAAGGAUUCACUUCUAUAUGCAACAAUUUUUAAUCUUUCGAUCCAUGUAGUUAUCAUGGGCAACAGUGACUGUCUUUUUGCCGGUACUUACAAACUGUGUUUUGUCAACAAGCGUGGGAAAAGUGCUGCUGGUUUUGUUUGUCUUUGCCUGAAAGAUCUUGUGUGCCUGGGCAGCCUAGUGGUAUAUGGUGUUUUAUUAGAUUUUAGUAAGUAUGAUAUUGAGGCGCUAGGCUUUCCUUACAUCAAACUCACGCUUGCAGGAAAAGUGAUGAACUCACAAAGGACGGUCCACAUACCCCCGACGUCCAUCAGUUGCUUGACAGAAAUAUGUACACGGAAAACGACAGUUGCGCUGAUUAGAUGAGCACCUUUGUUGAAGCGCCCAAAGGUUUAAUCAUCGGAGCAAAGUCCAUGGCUGACUAUAUUCAUGCUCGAUGUACAGGUGGCACCUCAAGUAAAUGGAGCAUGGCGCUGCAGGAUAUUUGGUUACAUUCAGUAUCAGGCUUGGCAUGCAUUUGUGCACUAGCAUUGCUUGCUUCCAGUAUAGUUGGUUCACACUUGAAAACAAUAAGCACAGUGAGAAACUUGACAAGAUUUAAUGUGACUCGUGCCAGAUGCAUCAGGAUGUACAAGUAACAGCGUUACUGGCACAAUGCCAGGCAUGCACUGUUGUCUGUAGGUGCUGAACGUAUGUGGCACUAGUGACACAAAGUCUCGUGACGGGGAUUAUAUCCCCGAAAGUGAUUGUCCCAGGACAGACAGGCAGCAGGAUGAAGGAUCAUCCUACCGACUUUCUUGUCUUCUGGUGACAUUUAUUCUUAUUCAAACAGGAAUUAUGCAACAUGUGUUUGUCAAGGUCCCCCACCAGUGCAACAUUUUUGUACUGGCCGUGACAUCCCAGUGACACUUUUCCUUUAUGUAAAUUCAAGAAACACUGUGACUUAUGACAUGUUCUGUUCCACUGAAUGCUGCCAAUACCUGCUACUAAGGUAAGGUUUCUGGCACCAUUAAUUCUUUUAAUGUAACGCUAUUAUCCCAAAUUCUGACCAAAAGUGUCCAAAUUAUUUUUGAAAACGUGCAGUCACCAAUACAUUUUACUGUCUCUGCCAGAAUACAACUCGCUCCUGCUUACACUGCCCCGCGGGUUCUGUGCUGCCAUCUACCAAAUUAUGACAAAGCGCUUGAAACGAAACCAUGGCAUGGCUAGAAAAAUGACCUCAGCUUGUUACUUUGCUGUUUUUUACCAGAAACACGUGGAUAGAACCCUGCUCGUCCACGGUAGGGUUAAACUGCAGCCAACAACGUCUGCUCCAAAGGGGCCAACCUGUGAAGCAUCGAUUUUGUGCAGCUCAUUUGACGAGUGCACAGUGGCUCAAAGUUUUGUGCCACAUUAACUUGCUGCUUUUGCUUGCCUGACACAGUGUUGCAGCCCAUUGACUGUUCUGUUAGCUGCACAGCGCCCAACUUAAAUGCUGAAUGUUUCAUAAGUACCAAGCACUCUUUAUGCUAGAUCACCACAUCAUUUGGACUUCAUACAAAAGGUAGCCUGCACCAGUUUAAUACCAUGUUUAGGCACAUUAUUCGCCUGCUCUAUUCAGAUUAGAUGCGUUAGUCCGCAGCAUUUGUCGAACAAAAUGUUUUUAUUUUGAACAGAAUUGUGAUGCUGUCUGUCGUUUAGUCCAGAGCUCUAUGAAAACUCACCUGGUCAUGUAGCAUGUUUUACAAAAACAAAAUAUUAAGCUCACUGAGCGAGUAAAAAUGAUUUAUGGAUGUUUCAGAAACCACCUGAGUUCCUUGUAUACAAUGCCAAUUUUGUUUUUUGUCUGUCAUUGCUAGGCUGAAAUGUGGCAUGGGUCGUGUUCGGCAAUUACGCUGAAGUGGCAUCACCAUUCUAUUGCUGCAAAAUCGGCAUCUUUUCGCCUGGCAUCACGACUGUUUUGCUUGGGUAAAAACGAGCACGUGGUGUGCAGUGUUAAGCUAUGCGCACUGCAGAAUAUGUGAAAUGUGAGCAUAAACUUGGGGCCGUUAUUUAUGGAGCAUUUGGUACUGUUUCAUAUUAACAUAUCCUGUAGCAGUUACCGCAGCUUCGCUGCCAAAUGCACAUUGUGCUAUUGUGAGCAAAUACCAAAGCCUAUUUCCAUCUUCUGUAGCUGAGUAAUUUCCUUCCAUUCUCACCUAGAAGUUUGAGGGAUGCAAUGCUGAGACGCAAAACUGCAAAGCUAUGCUGCAUCGUUCUUGUAUAGAGAAAGUGUUUGAAGUUCUGUACGAGCACCUCGUGCGUGUGUGUCAGGAUGGGAAACAUUGCUUUAAAGAAGCAGCGGAUGUAAUCUCUAAGCGUGUGUGUUUUUUGCACUGUUGUGCUUUGCUUAAAUGUACAUAACAUGCCAAGAAGUGUCAUGCUUGCAAGCUAAGAAAGUACUGCUUUUUUCCCUUCUAGUCAUCAAAUUAUGCAUAAGUCUGUUUUCUUUCACGUGUCAUUGCAUAUUUUUGGGAACGAGCAUUUUUAGUAUGUGACCCCCCAUCCACUGUGGCACUAAAUAAGUCCAGGUAAUAUUUUUAUUCUAUAUAAUGUGCAAUAUUAAGUUGACUCACACAUAUAUAUAUGUAUGUAUUAAUUUUUACAUUAACUACUGAUUACAUAUCUGAUGUACGUAUGCAGGUGAUUUUCUCGACAGAAAUGGUGGCACAGAAUAUAGAUGUUGGUUAAAAAUGUUAAAAGGAAAAAUUGAAAACUUAUUUUUGUUCUAGGCUUUAUUUUCUUUACCAAAUGAAACAGCUGUAACUCCUCUGUAAUCCUUCCACCCUGAGGGUACAAUAAAUAAAUGCACUGUUUCGGUAUAAAAUUUUCCAAGGUUUGAGUCUACAUUUGAACUUGUAUUUAUUUUGAUUAUAUUAGUUGAAACUAUAUUUGAGUGGUAAUGACGAUAUAAAAAAACAAACUUUAUUUAACGUUAAAUCAGCAAUUAAGCUGCUAGACUUCCAAUUCAGCAAAACUAGGCAGAUAUGAGCCUAUCAUGUGUUCUAUUACAUUGCCUGCACUUAUUCUGUGUCCUUGUUUCUUCUGGAAGCAUGCAUCACCCAGCGUGCUUAUCCUUAUUUUUUUUUUUUUUUUUUUUGUCUUGUGCAAAAUGUUCAUGGGAUAUGCUUGUUAUCACAUACCUUCAAGCUGUUUUGCCAAGCCAAGUUGUUGAACGAGUUUGUGCUUGCAUUCUUAAUUCCAUGUGCAGGUAUGAGCGAAAUUAAAUCUGUGCAUCUUUGUAUGCACAUACAGAAAGUCUCAGUAUGACCCGUAUCUUUAUGCAAGGGCACACAGUCUGCUCCCAAACCUAGAGCAGAGCGCAGCGUGUGUUUUUGUGUGCUUUUUACAAUAUCAUCUGUAACUGUUGCUACACCAAACUGAAACUGACCCAGCAAAUUUGUUGAGUUUGUUCAAAUAGUUGGGUUAUAGCCACUAAUCAGUCUAAUCAGCGGUAGAAGUGAUAAAUUCUAGUUUAGAUUGUGUUCCACAUAUGAACGCAAAAAAUUUCAUAAUGAUCUUUUGUAAUCUUAUGGAAGAAGAAAAAAAGUCAGCUCCUUGUUUCACAAUCCAAAAAGGUAAUUAUGUUGUUUACUGUGGUUAUAUUAUUUCACGCACACUAUACCAUGAUUGUUCUAGAAGCUCAAUGCAUUGACUCAGGUAAUGGAUGAGAUCUGUGGGAAAUAGAGUAUUGUCGCUGAUUACAAGCCAGGCUUUUGAAGGACAUCAGGAUGACUAAUUGCGUUCUUGUAGCCUCUUGAUUGUUCUGUUGAUUGACUGGUUUAUACUCUCUUGUCCUCUGCACGCUAUUCGUUGCUUUUCAAAUCAUGCAUCAGCAAGCCCAAAAAGCUAUGCUGCUCAAUAAUUGCAGGACUGCUUUGUUUGGUAGAGCAUGUGCUGUGUGAACUUGACGUGCGAGUUCUGUACUUUGGAUGACAUAUUAUUUUUUCCUGGACCUUGUGUUUACUAUCCGUAGGUUGCAGUGAGCAUAGGACCAGCAAAGUUUACAAUGCAGGUGUGUGACAUGCUUUGAGAUGAAAGAUGUGUGCUGUACUAGCAGUGGGAUUCCAGCAUAAGCAAAAAAAAUUUACAGAUGUACGUACAUCAUACGCAUAUGCUUGCAGUGUAUCUAUUGGGGGAUUCCAAAACACUCGGAAUUGGUACAUAUUGGUCUGGCAUGUGGCUCCUAUGAUUUGCAAGACUCGCGCGAACUCGGAAACAAUUUCACAUGAAUGCAUCAUGUUUGUUUGUUUGCUGUAAGGUCUCUACUGGACCUAGCUUACAGAACUGUGAUACCUGUUUUGGUGCUGAAUUACACACCUGCAAACUUCAUGUUUGAAUUUUUUUUUAUUUCCAGGUUUUCAAGAGCUUUCGUAAAAGCUUUGAGAGCUUAAGUUUUAGAAAGUUGGAGAUCAUUUUAAAACUCACUGGAAGUUACCUCAGCGGAAUUAUUCAGUUCAGAAGUUUUCGGAUGAGAACAAUUUCAUGUUUCAUUUGUAUUUGUGUGGCUGAGCUGUCCCUGAGCUAAAUCUCUUCAUUCUUGGCGCUUCAGAUGCACCUUGAAAGACAGAACAAAAAUGACCCCUAAAAUAUUCAGUAAAGGCUUUCACAUGCUGUGCAUAUUAACUCAGGAAGUCACAGCGCUGCCUAUACAGUUGCAGCUAAACAUAAAACUUUAGCAAGCUUUUCGAUUUUUUUAAAAUUUUAUUUACGUACUUUCUAGCAAAAUACUUUUGUAUGACACAGGCCGUAUUCAUACUUGACAUCAUCUAUGACAAUACACAAUGCUUGCACUACCAUUCAAUCCAAAAUUUCUUAAGAACUUGUGUAUGAUGCCUUUAACAGCUCCAUGAUUAGCACGACUACUGUAAGAAAAGAGAAGCAUGUGAUGCCACAUUAAACAAUAGGUCUAAAUGAUCUGCAAGAGCACUUUGAAUGCUGAAGAAGAGCUCCAAAGCUUUCACACUGAAAGCUUGACACACAACACCGUGACACACAACACAUCCGAGCCAAAGCCAAUCUGAAGAAAGAAAGUCCAUCCAUAAAUAUUGUGCCGUGCUGUCUCAGCGAGUUUUAACUGAAUCUAGCAUAAUGUGCCAGCACAAUUCUUUUUCUUUCUUUUUUGCGCACAAAGACACUCUGAGUGCUCAUUAAAGGGAAACUGAAGAGUCUGUCGAAUUCAAUAAGACGCUCAUAUACUGAUGUGGGAACUUUAUAAACCAUGCACGUAAAAUUUUGGACGAAACUUUUCACUUAGGAACGACGUAAUUGCGGGUAAAAUUGCACUGUCGUUCCGCCCCCCGCCGAGUGCCGCGUGCUGCUGCUGACGCUGACGAUGCUAGCGGAGACUGGAAACCGCGGCGUAGUGACUUCAGCUCUGGUGUUCCGCUCCUUCGCAGUCUGCGCGACCGUGCCUGACUGCGCUUGUUUCUGCGUGCGUGCCGUCAUAAUCUGCCUCGCUCGAGCCUGCAUUCCUUUGUUUGUGUCUAUGUAGAGUGGUAGUUGACGUGCGCAGCAUCAAUUGAAGUGGUGGGCCGAUCAUGCCGGCAUUCUGUGCAGCAUACGGUUGCACGAACACCAGCGGCCGCUAUGAUGUUCCAUUACUCCCCGCAAGACAAUAAGCUUGCAGCUAAGUUGGAGGCUGCUGUGAAUCGAAAGAAUUUCAGGCGCCCAAGAACGACAGUGCUGUGCUCUAACUACUUCCGUUACGACGAUUACUACCUGAGUUUAUCAAUAAUGCAUAAAUGAGUGAGAGUACGACUUUCUGUUAGCAGGCUUUCUAAACGCAGCACGAAAAGGUUGGGGCAACGAACGCACAAAGGCAGGACGGGUGCGCGCGGACGGAUGGUAACUGGUCUUGGAAGACCUUAUGAAUACACGAACUCGUCCAAACCUGGAAUUUGGUUUACUACUAGCUCCUUCGUGUUAGCACGCUGAACGGAAGGUACAUGUUCACCUCCCAGCCUUGACGCAGGUUUGGUCGCAAACCGCUGUUAAUUUUCUAUUCGCAUGUGUGUUGUGAAACAGCCUACAUGCAGCUACCAUAACGCAGCGCAAAUGUAAAGUUUGCAUAUGUUUUAAAGCCGGCACACGCCAGGCCGCUGCGCUCCUGCUCGUGCACAGAAAGAAAUCGGCUGUCUCACCUAGCUGACGGAAUUCGCCGCCUUUACGGCUCUGGUUACGAGUAGCGUGUGGAUUGCACGCUAAUGAAGGUCACUACACGUCCUACAAGAGCUGGAAAACUUUUCCCACUUGUAAACCAUCUGUGUAGAUUGCCGACAGCUUUGGGGCAGCACACAAAUGCCGACGAUCGCAUCCCUGCUUACAUUCCACGAGGAGGCAUGCAGGAACAUAACAGUACAGUUUGCCCGGAAACGAACUCACUGGAUCGCUGAAUAUCAGCUUUGCAAAAAACAUACUUACCAAAGAACAUUUCUAACACAAGGAGAUACUAACACUUCGCUUUCGUUCGUGUCGAAAGUACUGCUUGCUACCAGCAUCUUUUGCUUCUUGGAGAGGCCGGCUACGUAUACAUGUAGGGAGCAACGCUGAACUCCCCAGAGAAACGCAAGCUCUCGAAAUUUACCAUUACCGUCUCACCAAACCACAGCGCCAAACCACCUUGCACCAUUGCACCCAGCCGUGUGGCGGCAGCGGCCGGUCCGGACGAACACCAAUGUUGACGUCACAAGGCGCCCGACCAAUCACAGGCGGAAACGAGGCGCGCGAGCUGCCCGAGCCAGCUGCUGCACUUUUCGUUGAAACAAAAUCUGUUCGCGCUUUCUUUCGCUCAAUUUCGAUGCGAUAUUCGAAUUCGGAGGGUUGAACACCAUUACGUUCAGCUCUUCACUCAUUUUUUCUGGAAAACUCUUCAGCUUCCCUUCAAGAAAUGGUGUUGAACAAACACCUCGCAUAGUUGUGGCAUUUUACUUCUCUUUCAAGUUAUGAGAUGUUCUCAUAGUUCAGUAACACACACUCUUUGGCAAAUUGGUGAAUUUUCUAUUACACCAGAGCUUCAGCGUGAUACUGAGAAACAUGUAUAGAAAACACUUGGUUUUGCUCUCCUCUGUGUGUGUUAGUCUACGACAUGCUAGAUUUUCCAAGACAGAACAAAACAAUUAUGUGUUUUGCUGACAGUGGUACACAUUGUUAUGAGCUAUGCAAAGUUUAACUUGAUAUGAAAUUGGCUCUGCAACAUGGCAUCUUAUGCUUGCGAAGAGAAUAUUUAUAGUCAUAGUUCUUUAUAGUCUGUCCAUUAACUGAAGGCAUGCAAAGUAAGUGAACAAUAUGAUCAUGGCCUUGAAAGAGCAAUAUUGAAAAACUGCAAGGUCUAGACUGUAAGAUGUGGACAACUGUAAAGCUUGCACCCCAAAGCCAGUUGGAAAAAUGUUUUGUUUAGCCUUUGUAGUGUGUGAAGUGAAAAAAACUGUGGUAAGAUGACAUUUUCCGGUAUUCUUUUUUUUUUUUUUUGUCCAGACAGCAUGCGCCUGGACAUCUUUUUCUUCCACCUGAUGUACUAAUUACAUCUGUUGAUGCUCCUUACCAUGCUUUGUGUUUAUAAAUACCCUUCCUAUAAGCUUUUGCAUUUCGAAUGAAAUGCCUCCUCCUGUAAUGCCUUGUUGGCGAUGCAGGUACUGAAUAAAUAAAAAAAUAUAAAAAAUAAGUAAGGGCAAAACAAUACAAAACUGAACAUGCAAUCCACCAAUUUGCAUGGUUUCAAGUUUAGUAUCACCAUUGACAAAACCAAAGCCAAUCCUUUACGCAAGUUGCACCAUCAGCUUACGUUAUCCCAGUGUGGUCGGCAUAAAACUUUAGCCAAUAUUUGUCAGUACUUUAUUAGAAUAUAAUGUGCUUUGCAGUAGAAUAUUUUUUUUUAUCUUUUGAGAUCGUAGAAAUAAUAGAGCUCCAUUGCUGUGCAUGAUAGUAAAUCCUAAUUAGAACGGAGUCGCAUCCGACAUGGAAAUACCUUCAUUAUAUCCAGAAUUCACUGUAAGCAUACAUUCGUAGCACAGUGAUAUCGGCAAGAAAAGGUUUAUUUACUUUGUUGUAUUUGCCUUCCUAAUAUUGAGUCUUGACUGUAGAUGAAUAGGUACUCCAAUCAUGGCACAAAACAACCUGAGGUGCUGCUUGUGUGAGCACCCAGAUUUUUCCUUCACAUUUCUAUGUAAAUUACUAACAUCUUAAAUGUCUUGACGUGACACGGAGGUAUCUAUAAAUAUAUGUGUACAUGUAUAUCAAGGAAAAAGUGUGUGUGUGUAUGACAGAGAAGACUCCUUUUUGUAUUGUGCCAAGCCAACACUGCUGUGAAUGCAGGAAAGUAGUGAUGCCAUGCUUGUAAAUAAAACUUUUUCUUUUGCACAAAA